AUGACCAAGAAGGAGAAGAAGGACGACCAAGCUCCUGGUAAGGACGACAAGCCAAAACCAGCAGACGGGGAUCAGAAGGGUAAGGCAGGCACGACCCCCAAGGCUUCGGGCAAGGCAGGCACAGCGAACGAGGCUGCCGGCAAGGAGAGUACGAAUCUCAAGCCCGGGUCUGUCGGAGCGGGUAGCGAGAGCGGCGGGGGCGGCAGCCGCGGGGUUCUCGCAGUGGUGCUUGUCGCGUGCGCGGUCGGCUUGGCGGCAGCGGGCGGCUACUUCUUCAUGCUGCACGGCCAGGACAGGGCAGCCGUUGGGGGCGCCGCUCGGCAAGAGAGGGACAAGACGCCCUUCCCCUGCAAGGAGCGCUACGCCGACGACGAGAUCAGGUCCUUCGUGGACCGGCACCUGGCGGGCGCGAAGGGCGGCCACAAGGAGCCCCAGCUCCUGCUGAUGCUCGGCGGCUCGGGGGCGGGCAAGGGCACCUUCAUCGAUAAGUGGAAGAGCGCGGAGCAGAGAGGCCAGGCCUCCGGGCACCCCCUGUCAGGCUUCCUCACGGUGGCGGAUUCCAUGGCCUGGACGAGUACCUUCCGUACAUACCAGAGUACCAGAAGUCAGUCAACGACAAGGCGUUCGUCUACAAGGACGCCGCAGACGCGUGCUACAAGCCCGCGGCCAUUCCAGCGGCGAAGCUGGCUGGUGACCGGAUAG